CUGCGCGUCUUUUGUCCAAAACAAGGGAGAUCUUCUCCACUGUACUCCACACAGACUCUGCACAGCCGACACUGAUAAGGAGAAGCAUUGUCUGCUCUAAAAUUCUGCCUACCAACAAAGUUGGUUCAUCACUAAAACAAGGACUUCGGGUAAACGGUUUCAUCCAGCCGGGAGAUGUUUGCCACAGCCACCAGAAACUUUGUGGAGGAGGUUGAUCAUGGAGGUUUGCUGAUCCCAGUGUCCAGCCUGAAUGACACUGUUGCUCCUCUGACAGUGGUGGUGAAGCGUAAGCGUUUCUGGGUCUGGCAGAAACCCAAGUAUAAUCCCACUGAUUUUAACCUCAAUGAUAUACUAACAGGAGACACUCCUAUAAAGUCAGAUGUCACAGAGACAGACUUCAUCAAAUACAAUGGGACAUAUGGUGACAAUAUGCAGGGAUCUGUAGAUGCAAAUUUUGCCAGCACCAAUGUGAGCCUGGAGGGUAAAGACUCUUCCAAACUCCAGUCAUACUUUGGCAGUUUGAAGAAGCAGGAAGUGGAUGUGCAGAAGCUGCUGCGAGACUCCAAAGACAGGGCCCUGGAUAUGUCCCAUUCUCUGGUCCAGCAGGCAAAGGAGAAGCACAGACGGGUGUUUGGGAUUGUGAAAGAAUGUAUUGUGACUACUGCGCCCUGUUCGGUCAUAGAAGAAGUGCAGCAGGGAGGACAGUGUGGCGGAGGACUGAGCCUCUGCUGGCUCAAGAGUUCAAAGGUUUCAUUGAAGGAGAACGGCAGCUUGAGUAAAGACAGUAACGUCACCAUGGAGAUUCCCAUCCAUACUACCAUUGCCUAUGCCCUUAUAGAGCUGGAGAUCAAACACGAUGGACGCUAUGGGCUGUGUCUGAUGUCAGACACCAUGGGGGGCUUUGAAGUAGAUGGCCCUGCUAAGAAAGGACUUUCGGGUAUCUUUGGAGCCCCUCCCUCUGAAAAUAGCCACCUUGGAGAAGAACUUGAGCAGCUGAGCGAUCAUUUCCAGCUGCUUUCAGCUCUUCCUGCCACCACAAGGUCCUCUCUGCUCGAGCAAAUCACAAAAGUUAUGAAGGACCGAGGGGCCGUCAGUUCACUUCAGAAUGUGCUGGACCAGAUGUGCUUGGAUAAGAGACCUGCCCUGGGGGAUGUAACAGCAACAGAGUCCCAAAAGCAGAACAUUCAAGCAAUUCUGGACCUUUUGGAGCAGUCUGGUCAAGCGGAGUCCACACCAGUCCUCACAGCCCUUCACCUGGUCACCAGCGCCCUGGAUGAGCUGACAAAUGAUUGUCUUGCUGUCCUGGGAAUGUGCUGCAGCCUUACAGUAUUACAGGCUCUGGAGCCACUGGUGCAGUGUGUAUCGGGGACAGGGGAGUUGCCUCUGAGCAGCGGCGACCAGGCUGCACUGUCAGAAGACGUCUAUGAGAAGACCGAACAUCUGUUUGCCUCCUCUAAUGUGUCCCUGAAGAGAGACGGGGACACAGUGAAGACAGAAAUACACCACCUGCCAGGAAACCUCCCUCUGGUCCUGUGUAUCGCUGUCAGAGGUCUCGCCUCAUUGGCCCACUGUAAUUGAACUGAAGACACCUUUAUAGCAACCAGAAACUUAAAACACUAGGCUGGAAUGAUGUAAAGGGUAAAGGGUAUCAUGUCGAACAAGUGUUAUUUAUACGUUUUUAUUUCUUCUUGGUGUGUCAGAAUUUAUAUAAAUGUUGUCGUGCCAAACCAACCAGUCAAUUAAUGCGUCAAUCAACAACAAAUCGUCAAAAUUGUGGACAAUCAAUUAGUUUAGGUCAUGUUUGUUCUUGGUAUCUGAAAGAAGCAUCACUUAUUGUUAUUACAUUUUAUACAUCUAUAUAAUUCUCUCAUUUUUAAAACGUAAUUCAUUUAUGUGGGGUCUAAUGUCACGUCUCAGUCCUGCACAUAACAUUCUUUGUUCCUUUUAAUGGUGAAGCAUUAUUUUAACAAUUAUGGAAAUGAUGUAUCUCUAUCUUUGUAUGAUUAUCUCUAUGGUGCAAUAAGUAAACGAGGAAAACCCCACCCCCCA